GGUCUCCGGGUGGCCUCCCUGCCUCCCGCCGGUCUCUCUGCCUGUGCCGCCAGCCCAGUCCUGGGAGAAUGGCCACUCUGAACAGGUUGUGGAUGGGGCUGCUCCUGCUGGGGGUCCUGGGGGUCCUGCAGACCCCAGCCCCCGCCCAGGCCACCCUGCAGCCCAACUUCCAAGAGGACAAGUUCCUGGGGCUCUGGUUCACUUCGGGCCUCGCCUCCAACUCGAGCUGGUUCCUGGAGAAGAAGAAGGUGCUGUCCAUGUGCAAGUCCGUGGUGGGCCCCGCGGCGGACGGUGGCCUCAACCUCACCUCUACCUUCCUCAGGAAAGACCAGUGUGAGACCCGGACCUUACUGCUGCGCCCCGCCGGCCCCCCAGGCUGCUACAGCUACACCAGCCCUCACUGGAGCAGCACCCACGAGGUGUCGGUGGUGGAGACGGACUACGAGACCUACGCCCUGCUCUCCACCGAGAGUGUCCGAGGCCCGGGCCAGGACUUCCACAUGGCCACGCUGUACAGCCGCACCCAGACCCCCAGAGCUGAGGUCAAGGAAAAGUUCACCACCUUCGCCAAGAGCCUGGGCUUCACAGAGGAAGGCAUUGUGUUCCUGCCGAAGACUGACAAGUGCAUGGAGGAGCACACAUAGGUGAGCCCGGCUCUCAGGACCUGGCCCUCCUGCCUGCUCGGCCGUUUCCUGCAACACCCGAGACCCCAGCCUGAGACCCCAGCCCCUUUGCCAUCCCCACCCCCCCUCAGCCUUUAUCCCGGCUCUGAGAAUAAACUCCGGAAGCAAAUCA